CCGCCGGCCACCAUACAUGCGUGUAAAAGUGAAGUACGGUGUCCAGUGCUCGCAGCUUCACAGAUUAACAACACAUUUGAUUGGUUUAAAAUCCGCGUGCCCACCACUCUAAAAACUAACAGGGGUCAUUGUAUAUUUGUGGAGUUGUUGAAGCGCGCUAUACAUCUGAGCGCCUCACGGGACAAUCCUCUAGAUUAGCGGUUGACGCAGAGGAUGGAUUUCGUGGAUAGCAACCUGAUACUGUACGGUACUGGUCGGUAUACAGGGACGGGAUGAUCUAGAAUGGACGAAUGAAAUGCUUUAAAUGUAACGUAUUUCGAUACUCUUCCUAUUAUCAAAUUAGUCCGUCGUUAUAAAGAUAGAAUGUGUGUAGUCCUAAUCGUUAAAUAGGCUAGAUGAGCUAUGACGGGAGAGCUAAAUAUGGACCAUUCCUGUUUCGAUUCCAAAAUGAAGAGACCCAACGGAAUGACGGCAGAUUUGGUGCGUUACAACACGGUAUUGUGGGACGUUUGUGAUGGAGCCGUUUAACUUUCUCACUAAAACAAGCAGAUGUAAGAAUGCGUAACGGUACUUUAAUGGUUGGAAGUAACAUCUAAACCUUUUGCCUAAAAUGAAUGUAUUGUCGGGUUCUGCUUGCUCACUAACAUCAGAUAACAAUCUCAGGUAUACAAGCGUAGACUACAUUUAGCUGGCAUGCCAAGUGUGUGAAUAGGAGGAACUUUAAAAUAUCUAUCCCGCCAUUGUGCCCUUGGGUAGGGCACUUAACCUAUAACCUGCUCCAGGGCCGCUGUUUCUGCCACUGACCGACCGGUGCCUCUCUCUCUCAACGUGUGUGUUUCUUCACCUAGGAGGGUUUGGAAAGGCAGAAGACAACUUUACUUUUGAAGUUUCACCCAACAAUGGACUACACGAUUAUAUUCUACUCUGUUCUGUUGUCGUAGAACACCGCAGUUCAAAAUGAACGUGUUGAAAAUGAGGAAAGCCGUAUUAAAAGAAGCGGUUAAACGCUUUCCAUGGCUUGCCAACAUUACUCUGUAUGGCUGCCUGUUUGCCGGCGGCGACUUUGUUCAUCAGAUGAUCGCACAAAGAGAAGAGAUGGACUGGAAACACACCAGAAAUGUUGCCAUAGUGGCCAUCAGCUUCCAUGGAAACUUUAAUUAUUUCUGGUUGCGGGCUUUGGAAAGCCGUUUCCCGGGAAAAUCUCCCGGAAUGCUCUUCCGCAAACUGCUCCUGGACCAAAGUUUUGCAUCACCCUUGGCAACGAGUGUCUUCUACACAGGAGUGAGUUUCUUGGAGAAUAAAGACGACGUCUUCGAGGACUGGAGAGAAAAGUUCCUCAACACGUACAAGACUGGACUCAUGUACUGGCCUUUCAUGCAGUUCCUAAACUUCAUCCUGAUGCCUCUGUACCUGAGGACAGUCUUCAUGGGCUGCUGUGCGUUCCUGUGGGCCACCUUCCUGUGUUUCUCCCGGCAGAGUGGGGACGGUACGGCCAGUGUUGCCCUCGCCUUCGUCCUGUAUCCCAAACAGAGGCUGCAGGCCGCCCGGGAGGCCCACCUCGCCCGCAAGAAACAGAAAGAAGAGGAGGAACAGCAGCAGAGCACUGGCAACUAAAUGAAUUGGUUCAAUGAGAUUUGAUUCAAUUCAGGAAACAGAAAACAGAAGAGGACCUGAGCACUGAGAACUGAACUGAAUUGGUUCAAUGAGAUUCGAUUCAAUUCAGGAAACAGAAAACAGAAGAAGACCUGAGCACUGAGAACUGAACUGCUAAAAUGUUAUUUCAAUUGAAUUUCAACAAAACGUAGUUAUAUCUCCCUGUCUUCAAGGGCAACAAGGCAAGGAACGAGGGCAUGGUUAGAGGGUGAGAACACAACGUCAUCAUGUGAGGCCAGGGCAGGCUCUCACACCUUACAAAAAACACAAAAAAACACAGUGAGAAUUGAAUCUGUUGGAUUGAAUGUAACUUUAUUGAUAUCCUCGGGGGCAAGGAGGAGUGAAUAUAACUUUAUUGAUAUCCUCAGGGGCAAGGAGGAGUGAAUAUAACUUUAUUGAUAUCCUCAGGGGCAAGGAGGAGUGAAUAUAACUUCAUUGAUAUCCUCAGGGGCAAGGAGGAGUGAAAAUAACUUUAUUGAUAUCCUCAGUGGCAAGGAGGAAUCAUCGUUGGAGCACAGUUAUAUAAUUUAAGCCUACUGUACAUAUACAAAUACAUCCAUCUAUUACAAUACCAGCAACACGUAACAGUGGGCCUAAUACCUCCAUCUAUUACAAUACCAGCAACACGUAACAGUGGGCCUAAUACAUCCAUCUAUUACAAUGCCAGCAACACGUACAGUGGGCCUAAUACCUCCACCUAAUACUAUACCAGCAAGACGUACAGUGGGCCUACAUUACAGACGUUACAUCACUGAUUCAAUUCAAUGCAACUUUAUCAAUCCCGUCAGGGGCAACCCAGAAAACACAGUCGGACACGGAACACAUGACUUACAGACAUUCAGACUGUACAGGUGUAGAAGUGCAAUACAUUACUUGAAACAGAACAAGUUACUCUGACAUACAUGGACGUCCCCUGAAGUUGUUUGUAAGACAAACAUGUUGGGUGGAUGAGAUAGAGAGAAGGUGUUAGAUGUUCCUCAGGGAGAGGAGGUGUUAGAUGUUGUGAUUUACAGGGAUGUUCCUCAGGGAGAGGAGGUGUUAGAUGCUCCUAAGGGAGAGAAGGUGUUAGAUGUUGUGAUUUGCAGGGAUGUUCCUCAGGGAGAGGAGGUGUUAGAUGCUCCUCAGGGAGAGGAGGUGUUAGAUGUUGUGAUUUGCAGGGAUGUCCCUCAGGGAGAGGAGGGGAGAGGAGGUGUUAGAUCCUCCUCAGGGAGAGGAGGUGUUAGAUGUUGUGAUUUGCAGGGAUGUCCCUCAGGGAGAGAAGGUGUUAGAUGUUGUGAUUUGCAGGGAUGUUCCUCAGGGAGAGGAGGUGUUAGAUGCUCCUCAGGGAGAGGAGGUGUUAGAUGUUGUGAUUUGCAGGGAUGUCCCUCAGGGAGAGGAGGUGUUAGAUGUUGUGAUUUGUAGAGAGGUUCCUCAGGGUGUGUAUUUGAUGUUCAUAUAUAUAUAUGUAAAAUGUGUUUAUUCUAUGCUCUCAAUUUCUAUGUCCCAUCGGUUGUGCCUUCUGUUGGUAACAAGAGCCCUUCAUGUUCUGCUCUAGAUUUAGUUAGUUCUUACUCAGAGAAACUGUGUGUGUUUUUGUGUGUGUGUGUGUAUAUAUAUUUAUACAUUACCAGUCAAAAGUUUGGACACACCUAUUAAUUCAAGGGUUUUUCUUUAUUUUUACUAUUUUCUACAUUGUAGGAUAAU